GCUCCCGACAACCCCCGCGCGACGCGGCGCUGAUUGGCAGAAAGAAGCAUCAAUUUCAUUGCAAGCUGUGAUUGGAGAAAACCUCGUUCGCGCCUCAACGAUAAUUGGCGAGAGCCGCCUGUGGCCCGCCCCCUCCCAUCCAUUUCUGGGCGGGGCCGAGCCGGAAGCGGCAAUGUUUUCCGCCCUCCUCCGGGGUCGGCUCUAAGGUGAAGUCUUGAGGGCGUGCCGAGUGCGCUCCCCCGCCCCGCCGGGUAUCCAUAGUAACGCGUCAGCGGCCGACCGCAGGGUCAGUCUCUCAAGCUUGCUCUCAGAGCAUUCCAGGUGACCCGGAAUCUCCGGGGAGUGUAGAACGCUGGUUCUGGGAGACCAAGGGACAAAAAUCGUUUGGAGCUCCUGCCUGGCCGGGUGUGGAGGUGGAGCCCUAAGAGGUUUGGCCGCAGGUUGCCCUGGAAGGGUUGUCAAAGUCUCUGCUCAGCAACGCAGCCCUCUGCGGAGACGGCAGCAGCUCCCAUCCUUCCGAGCUUUCAGAAGAAGCCGCUGGCCUGAUGGUGAGGCGAAUGGGCUGGGGGGGGACCAAGGGGCGGUUGGGGUGGCGGGGAGACCUGGGGCCUGGAUCUGUGCCCCUCCUCCCCACGCCACUGCCUCCUCUUCCUCCUCCUCCCUGUCGGGGACCUGGGGCGGGGAGGGUCUCCUUCUUCUCUCUGUCCCCUGUCCCUCCCACAAGAAGGGCCCCUUCCUCAGCUCCUCCUUCAGCCUCGGGGCUCCCCUGCCCAGCGGUGCAGGCCCCAGGGGCUUCUCAGCCUUGCCACAGUGCCCCCCCCACCCCAGCCACCCCCCCAGCGCAGCCCCAGCCCUCGAUGACACCCGUCUCUGCUCCCCCUCUCUGGGGUUCCCACUCUGCCCCUCCCCCGGCCUUGGGGACUCCCCCUCCCCCAUGCCGAUGCCCCCAGGACUCUCCUGGGCUGCGGAUAGGCCCUCUGAUCCCCGAGCAGGAUUAUGAGCGGCUGGAGGACGGUGACCCCGAGGGGUCCCAAGAUUCACCCCUCCAUGGGGAGGAGCAGCAGCCCCUGUUUCAUGUGCCGGAAGGGCUCCGAGGCUCCUGGCACCACAUCCAGAACCUGGACAGCUUCUUCACCAAGAUCUACAGCUACCACCAGAGGAAUGGCUUUACCUGUAUCCUGCUGGAGGAUGUCUUCCAGCUGGGACAAUUCAUUUUCAUCGUCACCUUCACAACCUUCCUCCUUCGUUGCGUGGAUUACAAUAUUCUCUUUGCCAACCAACUGAGUAACCGAACACGACCUGGGCCACUCCAGAGCAAAGUGACCUUGUCGGACGCCGUCCUACCCUCCUCCCAGUGUGCCCAGCGGAUCUGCUCCAGCCCCCUCCUGGUCUUCCUGCUGAUCCUGGCUGCUGCCUUCUGGCUGUUCCAGCUGCUUCGCUCGGUCUGCAACCUCUUCAGCUACUGGGACAUCCAGGUGUUUUACAGGGAGGCCCUGCACAUCCCCCCGGAGGAGCUCAGCUCGGUGCCCUGGGCAGAGGUGCAGUCCCGCCUCCUGGCGCUGCAGAGGAGCGGGGGGCUAUGCGUGCAGCCGAGGCCGCUGACGGAGCUGGACGUCCACCACCGCAUCCUGCGCUACACCAACUACCAGGUGGCGCUGGCCAACAAGGGGCUGCUGCCCGCCCGCGCCGCGCUGCCAUGGGGCGGAGGCGCGGCCUUUCUCAGCCGCGGCCUGGCACUCAACGUCGACCUGCUCCUCUUCCGCGGGCCCUUCUCGCUCUUCCGUGGCGGCUGGGAGCUGCCCGAAGCCUACAAGCGCGGCGACCAGCGGGCCGCCCUGGCCGCGCGCUGGCGGCGCACGGUGCUACUGCUGGCGGCCGCGAACCUGGCGCUGAGCCCGCUGGUGCUGGCCUGGCAGGUGCUGCACGCCUUCUACAGCCACGCCGAGUUGCUGCGGCGCGAGCCCGGCGCGCUGGGGACGCGCCGCUGGUCCCGCCUGGCCCGCCUGCAGCUGCGCCACUUCAACGAGCUGCCGCACGAGCUGCGCGCGCGCCUGGCCCGCGCCUACCGCCCGGCCGCCGCCUUCCUGCGCGCCGCCGCGCCCCCCGCGCCCCUGCUGGCGCUGCUGGCCCGCCAGCUCGUCUUCUUCGCCGGCGCGCCCUUGGCCGCGCUGCUCGUGCUCACCGUGUACGACGAGGACGUGCUCUCCGUGGAGCACGUGCUCACCGCCAUGACCGCGCUCGGGAUCGCGGCCACCGUGGCCAGGUCUUUCAUUCCGGAUGAGCAAGGCCAAGGCCGUUCGCCGCAGCUCCUGCUGCAGGCGGCCUUGGCCCACAUGCACUACCUCCCCGAGGAGACCGGCCCUGCCGGCAGGACCAGCUCUUACAGGCAGAUGGCGCGGCUGUUGCAAUACCGAGCUGUCUCCCUGGUGGAGGAGCUCCUGUCCCCUGUCCUCACCCCCUUGUUUCUGAUCUUCUGGUUUCGGCCCCGAGCCUUGGAGAUCAUUGACUUCUUUCGGCACUUUACUGUGGAUGUGGCCGGGGUCGGCGACAUCUGCUCCUUUGCCCUUAUGGACGUGAAGCGGCACGGCCACCCGCAGUGGCUCUCUGAGGGACAGACCGAGGCCUCACUGUCUCAGCGCGCUGAGGAUGGGAAGACGGAACUCUCCUUGAUGAGGUUCUCCCUGGUUCACCCACAAUGGCGCCCCCCAGGCCACAGCUCCAAGUUCCUGGGGCACCUGAGAGGCCGGGUGCAGCAAGACGCAGCCGCCUGGGGCGCCAGCUCGCUGCGCAGCCCCCCUGCCCCUGGGACCCUCAGCAACUCUCACUCCCCUCUGCCGGAGGCCUUCCUGGCCAACCUCUUGGUGCAGCCCCUCCGGCCGCCUCAAGACCUCAGCCCCACAGCCCCCUGCCCGGCCGCAGCUACAGCCAGCCUCCUGGCCUCCCUUUCCCGAAUUACCCAGGACUCAAGCUGUGUGUCCCCGGGAGGCACUGGGGGCCAGAAGCUGGCCCAGCUCCCAGAGCUUGCAUCUGCUGAGAUGAGUCUCCAUGCCAUUUACCUGCACCAGCUCCAUCAGCAGCAGCAGCAGCAGCAGGAACUGUGGGGCGAGGCCUCAGCCUCCCCGCUGUCCCGGCCCUGGCCCAGCCCCCCACAGACUCUCUCUCCAGAUGAGGAGAAGCCAUGCUGGUCCAGUGAUGGCUCCAGUCCCGCCUCCAGCCCCAGACGGCAGUGGAGUGCCCAGAGGACCCAGAGUUCGUUUCCUGGAGGGUUCCAGGAGCCCACAGACACCCAGAAGGAGCCUGGCCAGGCUACUAGCACUGACUGAGUGGGCUCCUCGGGGGCUCCCUGGCUUCUCCAGUCACAGGAGAUUGGGCGAGGCGGAGUGGAAAGGCAUGCCAAGCCCUCUUUCAAGACCCCCACGGGUGCUUAGUUGGGCAGGACUUGGGAGUCAUUGACGAACUCGCCCAGAGCACAGAGGAACGGUAGGAGAGGAGCUUCCCAAGGCCUCAGGAAACACGUCUUGGAGACAGUCCCCACGUGGAGGGGCUAAGGGACAACUGUAGGUCCCGGGGAGAAGUUACCAAGUGACCUCAUGCCGGUGGGCAGGGCCAAGGUAGAGGCCAAGCUACACAUCAGGGAGCAAUGGGGGAUGGGACCUGAAAGGCAGUAGGUGCUCAGGUUCAUCUGGCCCUUAGGUUCCCAUGGGACUGGUGGAAGGGCAUGGGGACUGUGAGCGGAAAAGACUAGAGGAGACUGAUGUGUUUGGAGUUCACGGCGGUGUGACUGAGAAAGUGGCCGUGGCUCCUCUUGCCGUGGGGAACCAGCAGUGAAGUUUGCUCACGGCUGUGCUGCUCAUCUUUGUGACCUUAGUCCUGGACUCCCCAUGCCUGGCAGCCAGGGCUGUCCCUGCUUCUCGUCAAGAGCAGGGAAGCCACACUGGAGAACUGUCUGCUCUUGGCCGGAAACCAGGUUUCUCCAGGGCAGGAGUCAGAGAGGAGCCUGUGGGACAAGACUCCUCCGUCCAAGAGUUACCACCCCCACAGCUUGCGCACAAGUUAAAAGACAAAGCUUGUCAUUAUUCUGUAACUGCAAUUGACAGCACUGGCUUAGGCAUCUUAGUAGGUCUCCUAACUUCUGGUCCAGUCUCUUAUGGUAAAUCUUCAAUAAUAAAUAUUUGAAGGAUUUAGAGAUCAGGUUUCAAGAUAAGAUACUUCUAGAGAGAGGCGAGGGGAAUCUAAAAUUCACCUAAACACCAAAGGGCUGACUGUAGGCUCUGGAAUACCGCUGCUGGGAGGGGUCUUCCAGAUAGACUUAGGGUGGGGAAACAGACCUAGAGAUGAGAGGAUGAGAUGGUACAGGGAAUCCCAACAGUCUCUGGGAAGUCACCUGGGAGGAGAGGGAGAGGUGGCCGGUCCUGGUAAAGGCCGACAGGACAGCGGAAGAGCCAUAGUGGAAUGACAGCCCCUCUCUCCGGGAACUGCAGUGGGAAGCAAGAGGGGUCUCAGGGGCCGGGGGUGUCUGGGCCGGGCGGGUCGAAGGCCCAGGGCACCGCGCCCCGCAGAUGCCGUUCCUGCAGGGAAAAGCUCUGGGUACGUAUACGGCUUGUCACCUCCUGGGUGCGCAGCGUGAGGCCGAAAAUGUCCUCGUGAUAGCGUUGCUGAUCCUGGGAGGGAAAGAGCGCGGAGGAUCAAAACCCCGGUGGAAGUGUAGAGCGGCGGUAGGCCCCGCCCCCGUCCGGGUCUGUCCCCGCCGGCCGCGCCCCCGCCCUUCCGCACCCGCAGCACGCCGAUGACGUCGCCCGCCUCGUCCAGCUCCAUGUCGCCCUCUGUCGCCAAGAUGCGCUGCACCGUCUGCAGGACGCUGGUUGCCAUAGUGACGUCGCCGCAGACAAACAUGUGGCCCCGCUCGAGGCACAGCACGCGGUGCACCUCGGCAGCCAGCUCGGUUCUCAGGAUGUCCUGUACGUAAGUCUGAAGGGGAGGCGGGAUUAGGGGCGGACCCCUGCGGGGCCCGCGGAGUAAGGGCAGGCCCCAGGGGAGCGAGGGGGGCCGGCGGGUCCUGGGCGCGAAGAGAUGCCCCGGGUGCCAGGUGGGGCCCAGGUGCGCGGGGCUGGGGUCUGGAGAGACGGAGAGGAGCCAGAGGCGGGGCUUGGGCGAGGGUGAGCGGGACCCAAAGGGAGCCCAACGAGUCGAUCAGAGUAGGCCGGGCCGGCCUGGGUCUCAGAGCCCAGCUGGAGCGCACAGCGGUUCUUCCUCCCUCCCGAGCUUCUGGUUACCCCAGCACCCUCAGGAUCCCGCACCUUGGGGCUGUCAGGUUCCCGGGAGAAGGCGGUGAGGACGCGGCCAAACACCCCGCGCUCCUGGGCGUCCUGCACCUCGUCGCGGUAGAGAUGGUCGAGUUGGGAGCACCGGCAGCCGAACACCAGGGUCAUGGGGGCGGGCUGCAGCCCUGCGGGCAUCACUGUGGCUUGAGAGCGCCCCCAAACCCUCCUGGGGGACCCAGCUCCGGGGACACCUCCCACUGGCUUCCCUCACUCAGGCCGACCGCCCACCUUUUCCUGCAGAAACCACCACUCUACGCUCUUUGGCCUCUAGGAGAGGGAUGUUUUCACAGAGAAGCCCAAGGUCACAGGAGGUGGUGACUUCCCUGGCGGGAUGGCCAGUGCUGACACUGCCACAGCAGGGCCUUCUCGUUCUCCCACACCUUCAGCUUCUGCACUCUGCGCCUUCCUCUUAGUCACAAGCCCCCUUUCUUUUGAUCGGCCAGCUCCCCUGGGCACCCAGCGCCCAAUCUGAACACCCUUCAGCUUCCUGGGAUCUCAGACACACUUCAUUGACCUCUGACACAGUCCAGAGUCCACCUGGGGCGUUUCCGUCUUCUGAGUUCCAACCCUGUCUUCUCCAGCCUUCCAGGUUCCCUUUUUCCUUAAUUCAAUCCAACGCUACUUUGUGCUAGGCACCAGGAAGCCAGACCAACAAGGCACUGCUCUUGUCUCUAGGAGGUUCCCCCCACCCCCCGGUCUAAUAAACUUCACCUUUGGAGUCCUG